GUAUGAAAGGUGCACUUGCAGCACCUCUUCAUAGGUUGAUAACUCCAAAGGGAUUUGUUCUUAUGCUUUGGGACAAUUGUGAUCCUUUUUCUUCCUCUUCUUCUUCUUUUAUCCCUCGCUCUUUUGGUUCACUAGGAGGAGAGGCUUACUCCGUUAAGAUCAACUCUCAUUUUCCAGACCAUGUUAAUGGCGACUCAUCAAGAAUACUUGUGGUUCCUUUGUUACUUGGUCUUUUCUUUGGUGAAGAGCUUAUUGAUCUGGUUGGUGCUUUAGUGAUCAUCUGAGGAAUAAGCUGGCGCAAGCUUAUGCGUGUUAUUCUCAUCUUGUUCUUGAAGCCUUGUGGAAUAUGAGGGACAUUAACCCUGCAAAUAGGGACCUUUGAAUCUUUAGAAUAACGUCGGCGGCUUGCCUUCUUUUUCUCUAUUUUGUAGGCUUUUUUGAUGCCUCUUUAGAUUCUGGUGAUAUAUCAAGGCAGUCUUGACGUUGCUCGGCAUUUGAUUGUUCUUGUAGUUUCUCCACCCAGAUCUGUUGAUCUACAGAGAUUUCACAUUGCUUCAAUGGAUCUUCAGAUGAAUGAUCUCCAUGAAUUCAGUCAUGGAUCGUUCAGAAACGCUACGUUCGAGGCUUCCAACCCUUCUUACCAGAGGAACACUUCCUUGGCCUGUUUUCCUGCGCCAAGGAAUCCUUGGUCUUCUGUAUCAUUGGUUUCCUCCUCCACCUCCGCCUGCUUCGAGGAGGAAAUGGAUUCGUCAAGCCAUGGUCUCAUGCCUCCUACUUUGCCCAGUUGUGUUUCAAGCUGUGUUGGAUCAUCGCCUGCCGUCUUCUUUGCUUCUGAGCAAUCGAUGAGCUUCCCUCAGCUUUACUUGUACCGAUCUGAGACCCUUCCAUCUUUCUCUAAAUCAACAAAGAACAGGCCUGCAGCAGCAUCGUUCUUCUUCGAUAGAGACGACGACUCCGUGAAGCAAUACAGACUUCCUUCCCAGCCGAGGGAUGCUUUGGACCCGGACUUGAAGCUUCCAAUGCUGCAGAACACAAGGGCAAGUUCCAGAGAUGGUUUCCAGGCCAGCCGGAUUCAACCUUAUCCAGGAAGAGCAGAUUGGAGUGCCUCAUUGCAAACGAAGCAUUUAAGUCCACCUCAAGUUGUUCAUGAUCCUUCUGUCGGAUGGGGUAUACCGAGCUGUUCAAUGGACAAGCCAAACCUUCGUCUUCAAACAGAGAAGCAACUGCCCAUCACCUCUGCAAGUGUCUCGUCUGCCACAGCCAUCUCAAACAAAACACGAAUCAGGUGGACACAGGAUCUCCAUGAGCGGUUUGUCGAGUGCGUGAAUCGCCUUGGAGGAGCUGAGAAAGCAACUCCAAAGGGGAUUCUGAAGCUGAUGAACUCAGCUGGGCUAACCAUAUACCACGUCAAAAGCCAUUUGCAGAAAUAUCGGAUCGCCAAGCACAUACCAGAAUCUACUGAAGGCAAGUUCGAACGAAGGGCUGCUGCCGUCAGUGUCACAGAACUCGAUCCUAAAUUUGGCAUGCAGAUAUCAGAAGCAUUGCGGCUUCAGCUGGACGUGCAAAUGCGCCUCCAUGAGCAACUAGAGAUUCAGAAGAAUUUACAGCUAAGAAUAGAGGCACAAAGCAGAAAGCUCCAGCAGAUGUUCGAAGAGCAGGUGAGAACAACGAAAGGUCCUGCCGAGCUUGAAAACCUGGGUGAUCUGUUUUCGGGGAGUCCUGCAGCGAGUCUUGAAGAUGCUCAGUUGUGGUGUGCCCCGGAUGGGCCACAGAGCGCAGACUUCCCAUUGCAGAAAUGCUAGCUUUAAGAUACAGCAUAGAAUUGCUGUGUAAGUGUGCAUAAACCUACCAGCUUGACUGCUGAUUAAUGCUGGUCAACAAGUAAUUCUUAGUGAAUGGAUGCCCGUUGUAAUAUCCUCAUUUACGUAAAUCAUCUUAAUUUUCAAAUUAUAUUAAUCAAAAAUAUCUUUUUCAUUAAUAGCGGCUUGACAUAAG